AUGUCUGUUCAUCCGGAGGACUUGGAUCAAUACUUCACGGUGUUUGAAGGCUCUGCUCCGCAGGACGUGUCUCACGCCCGGCAGCUGUGGAGCUCCAUGUCCAUGCUGCCGCCGCUCGAGUCCCGGCUGCUGUCGGCUGAUACCCGACAGAGGCUGCCGGUGUCCCGGCCGCAGCGCGGCAGCACCGCGGCUGCAGGACCCCGGACCUCCAGUGCCUCGGAGACACCGAGCGUCCCGGCUCUGCGGCAGCGACGGGAGGAGAGGCAGCGGUACGAGGCCAUGGCCGAUCAGAGGAGGGAGAUCCUGGCUCUGCUGAGGAGGCGCAGGGAGCAGAGGAUCCAGAAGGAGCUGCUGUCUGAGCCCUUUAAACCGAAGGGGAAGCUCGGAGGAGGAAAAGCGCUGAAAGUGCACCAGAGUUCAGACUGUGAGAUGGACACGGAGCUGGUGAAACAGCUGCAGUAG